AAAGUAACCGAAAUAGAAAUAUUUAAAUUAUAUUAGGGAAAGGAAACAAAUAUUGAGUUAUUGAGGACAGAAGAGGCAAGAUGAUUGGACACUUAACAAAACACGACGAUUUUAUUAAAAACAUCAUAGACGAGAAGCUACAAGGACUCUUUCCUUGGAAGGGGAAGACCAAGAAGAGCUUAUAAUGUAAAUUAAAGAGAAGGCGAACGUCGUGUCUUAUAGACAUUUGUGGUGUCAUCGACAUUCUUCCUGUCAGUGUCAAUUGGUACCAUCACAUCGUUCCCGUCAGUCCUGAACCCCGCCAUCCUGUCUCCAACCACAACUGACAUCCGUGCCACUUCAGACCAAGCGUCAUGGCUAGCUGCUGCCACCGGAAUAGCGGGUAUUGUUGGCUACUGCAUCCAUCCUUUCGUGAUGGAAAGAUUCGGCAGAAGAAUCUCUAUGGCCUUCUUGAAUAUUUUCAAAAUUCUUGGUUGGCUCAUCUUCAUAUUCGCCGAAAGUGUCCCUACUUUGUUCAUCGCUCGAUUGGUCCACGGCAUCGGCAUUGGUGGACUUUUCAUCAACGCUUUGAUUAUCGGCGAAUACUCCCAUCCAACCAGAAGAGGAUACUAUAGUGCUAUCAAGAAAAUUUGUGGAGCACUAGGCUCUUUAACGGUACACGGCAUGAGUUUGAUCUGGUCUUGGAGACAAAUAGCAGCUGUAAGUUUGUUACCACCUUUUUUGUCCUUAGUCGUCUGCCUAUUCUGGCCUGAAAGUCCUUCGCAUUUGGCCUUAAAAGGACGGUUUGCGGAAUGCGAAAAGUCCUUCACAUGGUUGCGUGGCACCUCAUUUCAGAGUCGAAUGGAAUUGAACGAGUUGAUUGCGACUCAAAAGGAAAAUCGUGACAAAAUUCAGAGGUCGUUUUUCGAGAAGAUUCGAGAUAGGACGUUUUUGAAAUCGUUUUUGUUAGUGUCCUUACUGUCCAUAAUAAUAGAUACAUGUGGAAGAUUUUACUUCGUAGCGUAUGUCAUACAGAUUAUGGUGGAGAUCACUGGGGAUAGAUCUGUAGCUACUUUCUGUUCUUUAGGAAGCGAUUGUUUAUCAAUAAUAGCAUUAUUAUCUUCAUGUUAUGUUAUAAGAACGCUUAAACGACGCACAGUGUUACUUGUUUUUGGUGGAUUUUCAGUUUUGUUAAUGUUUUUAAUAGGUUUUAUUAAACUAUUUAAAUCUGCUACAUGGUUGAUUCCUGCGGUAUUGUUGCUUCACAAUUUCGUUAUUUAUCUAAGUGUUAUUCCUGUUUGUUAUACUAUGUUUGGAGAGUUGAUACCUUUAGAGUUUAGGGCCAUAGGUGGUUGUUCGUGCGGUAUAGUUAUAGCUACUUUCUAUGCAGUAACAUUGAAAAUUACGCCAAUUUUAAUGGAGCAUACCGGUGUACAAGGCACGUAUGCCAUAUACGGUGUAUCGAUAUUAAUGUGUUUGGCGAUAUUGUAUUAUAUUCUGCCAGAAACAAAGGAUAAGACGUUGCAGCAGAUAGAAAAUGAACUAAGUGGUGCGAAAAGAGAUGAGGAAAUUAAACCUAUGUUUGAAGAGAAUAAAGUCCCUUAGAAAAA